UGUGACGUUACAUAUUUUUAGACUGGCAACACUUGACUUAAGUAAUAAUAGCAAACUUUCCUAGCGCGUAACGAAGUUGUCCUUACCAUUAAUAAAUCUUUAUUUUAGGAAACGCCAGGCUAUCUGGCUUAAAUUAGUGUUAUGAAAACAUUAAAGCAUUACUGAGGAACACAAUAAAAAGUAUUCGGUAAACAACCGAACGCCAUUCAGGCUUACUAUUAUGAACACAACAGCAACCUUCUCUUCAGAUCAUUCAUGGAGCCGACGGUGUUCUACAGAAACAGUGUUCAGCAUACAAGGAAAGGAAACCGAUAUUGCGCGCGACACGAGCGAUACGGAGGCGGCGGAUAGCGAUGCGACCGACGCUAGUGAUGUGGAGUAUGAGCCCGUAACGGAGCCCGAGGACAUCGGCCCUCUCGACAACAACGAUACUUCAGCCAACAGCGACAACGACAAUAUAAUAGCGACAAAGGUGAUCGAGGUGUCGGUGGGCGACGAUGGCGAGCUUCAGUUCGCGGACUCGGAGCGCACGGACUCGCAUGAGAGCGACAGUGAGAUGGACCUAUACGACUACUGGAACUGCGCGCAGUGCCGCGCAGAGAACAAUAAUCCUCUGUACAGAUACUGCCAUAAGUGCUUCCAGGUUCGCAAAAACUUCUUCCCGCCGAGACCGAGACCCAAACGGAACAGGCACACGGACACGGACAAAACUGACGAGAUACCGCGCACACUCUCACAGGACUCUGGAGUGGACUCGCCGAUGAGCCAAGAGGUGGACGUGCCCACCAGCCAGGAGGUGGACCCCAACUUCGGUGAGGGCACGUCUGGUAAUGCUGAACCCGACCUUAGCAUAGUUCGUAGGUACCGUAAGCGACGCGCCGAGUCCGCCGACCGACGUACCAAACGCAAACGUCUAUCGCGAACUGAUUCUGACACAGAUCUCGAUUCGGACGACGAUAGCCAAACGAAAAUCGACGUGCGACCACUCGUUAAAACUGUUAGCGAUCCCGCGAUCACCAUUGAUGAUAAACCCCCCGUUAAGAUCACUAAAAAAGUGAUAGCGAACACUUUGAUCGAUAAACUGGAGGACACCAAGAACUUGUGUAUGAUUUGUAUAUCGGAACCCAAGUCCGGGGUGUUCGUGCACGGGCGGAUAGCGCACAUCUGUUGCUGUUACAAGUGCGCUGUCAAAGUGUGGGCCAAGGCCAAGCGCUGCCCAGUCUGUAACUGUAAGGUCAGCAAUGUGCUGAAGGCAGUGGUCAUGUAGACGUGAGGAUGACCUCUGGACGAUCCCAUCAAACCAUUUACUUCACAUUAGGUCCCUAUAUCAAUUCAUUACGCGUGCAAUGUUCUCUUGUAAAAAUGAUUAUUAAUUACCCACAAAUGAGCUCUACUUACGAAUUAGGAAAAUAAUAAAUUCAAAAUAUUUAAUUUCUAUGUUUCAUAUCGUCCACAUAGGUCGCUAGUUAGGACUUGGACUCGACAUAAGGCCGGGAAUUACUUUGUAAGUGAUGGCUGAGUGAACGGAAAAUCGAGUGAAAUGGUGGUCAAAUUCAAGUAAGUAUGGGAUGAUAUGAAUGAAUGAUUGAAUGAGUUAUGUUGUUUGUACAUAAUGGCUAAUAGUUGCCUUAUUUGUAUGUUUAUAAUAUUAAACUAUAUCUGUUUCUUUGUGAUACAAUAAUAUUUUCACGUAAAUCUAAAACUUAAGUAUGUUAUAUUGUGUUAUAAGAUAUAGCUUUGUGUAUAAUUUCUUACUAGCCUCAACAUUUUUGAAUUAUUCUUAUUACGCUUUUGUUUUUCCUUUAAAAUUUUAACAGUUACUGGGCAAUAGCAUUUUGCACUAUAGAAUAUAAAUGGUGCUAUUAG